CAGUCUCCAACCCCCAUGUACAGACCAGCGGUACUUCGUUUCAUCAACAUCUGCAAGACCACCCGAUGGGAAAUAGCACUUCUUUUCUACGUAGCCAUCUACACCAUCCUGUUCUUUCGGUAUUGUCGACCACUCUACAUCACCAACUGGCCAGAAGGCCUAUUUGAUGUCUACCUGGAGUUCUUGCACCUCAUGUGCAGUCUAUACGGUGCAAUCUGUAGGGGCGAUGAGGAAGCAUUAGUUAUGCUCAUCAUGAAGACGCUCAACCUCUAUCUCAUCGUCCUUCGUUACUUCAGAAUUUGCACUGAGCCACACUACACCCAGUUUCCAGAAAUCCUUUGUGUCCCCCCAAUGGCCUCGUUUGCUACCGCGGUAUUGCCGUACAUCUUCCUACCGUCCAAUCGCUACAACAGGCAGCUGGAGGACGGAGAUGAAGAGGAGCAUCUCAAUAAACUCCCAUGAUAGCUAUGGCAGUCCUUCUUUCAUACUAGGAUGGUGCGAGGGAAGAAGUUGGGUAGUGGCCGAAUUGUUGUCGAAAGUUGACAUGAUGAAUUUAAUGUGCCUUCUUGUUUUGUCCCUAGCACGGCCGCACAAUACGUUCGUUUAUCUUAGAUUCAUUUUCCGCCGUCGAUGAUGUCAAGAAUCAUUAACAUUGUAGCCCGGUUUGCUCUUCACACACUGCCUUCUCUUCCCCCUAUAUAAAAUGUCACGAACACGAUGCGGCCUCACUACGAACCAAAACCUUCAUGUCUCAAAACACAGAAGCCCGAUUAUUUAUUCAGAGAGUUUAAGCUCUCCCGAAAGGCGCUGGCGUUUCUCUUGACGACGUCCUUCAACCUUCUCUCGAUGAUGAAGCUGAACUUUGAAAGCUCUUUGCUACAGACAGGCA